CGCUGUCCUUGUCAUCAUCCACGACCUUUCCCGUUCCAGUCGCUCAGCGACGGCGACGGCGAGCUCAUCGACGAGCCCGACGCUCUUUACUCGCUUUCAGAGGUUCAACAACAGCCUGGUUACCGAGCGAAUCACGGGUUCAAAACGUACUCGUCCCUUCCUGGCAGCUCAACUCUGUCGUCCCCGACCACCAUGGAUCCUUUCUCCUCCAAUCUGCAUCCAGACUCUGCUGCGGGUCCUUCGAGGUCUGCUCGUCCGGUGUCGGUGCAGCCCAUACCAUCUGCGACUCCUCCGUCCGCGUCAUCUAGGAAACGCGCAUCCCACUCAGUGGUCCCCGCUCACCAACAGGAGGAGCAACAACCAGUCUAUAGAGAUGUCUACUCUCAUCCUGCUGCGCUUGAGUAUGCUGCUUCUCACCCGAAGCGCACUAUUCCAAAGUUCGGACCGUACUUGCUACUGAGGACGCUCGGUGAGGGUGAAUUCGGCAAGGUGAAGUUGGGGCUACACAUGCAGUGGGGGGAGGAAGUCGCGGUGAAGCUGAUACGCAGGGGGAAUGUCGAGUCUCCAGUGAGGAUGAGCAAGAUUGAGCGGGAGAUUGAGGUCCUCCGGACACUCAAACAUCCUAAUAUCGUGCGAUUAUACGACGUCAUCGAGACCGACAAAUAUAUUGGCAUCAUCCUCGAAUAUGCGUCCGGCGGUGAGCUGUUUGACCACAUCCUUGCUCAUCGCUAUCUCCGCGAGAAGGACGCCUGCAAGCUCUUUUGCCAGCUCAUCUCUGGUGUCUGGUAUAUCCACCAAAAGAAGAUUGUGCACCGCGAUUUGAAGUUGGAAAACUUGCUCCUCGACCGCAACCGGAACGUCAUAAUUACUGACUUUGGUUUCGCCAACCGAUUCGAGCACCGCGCAGACGAUCUGAUGCAGACAAGCUGCGGAUCUCCUUGCUAUGCCGCGCCCGAACUAGUCAUCUCGGACGGCCUAUAUGUUGGCUCGGCCGUCGAUAUCUGGUCUUGCGGCGUAAUCCUCUAUGCCAUGCUAGCUGGCUACCUUCCCUUUGACGACGACCCCGCCAACCCUGACGGAGACAACAUUAAUCUACUAUACAAGUAUAUCGUGAAUACUCCCCUCUCAUUCCCAGACUACAUAUCCGAAGAGGCGCGGGAUCUACUGUCUAUUAUGCUUGUACCCGACCCAGCCCGCCGAGCCGAUCUGCCUACUAUCAUGGCGCAUCACUGGCUGGCACCCUAUGCGCACAUUUUCAGCAAGAGCGUAGACGACCUGGAGCGUAUGGCUAUGGAACAGCAUCACCAGAAACGCCUGGCAUAUCAGAGGUCGAUGAAGCAGGCCUCCUCGGAUUCCAGCGCCAACAAAAUCGCCCGCAGUCAAAGCGCUGCCACUGGUAGCGGCUCGCGCAGCCACCGCACCCAACCCGAAUAUCUGUACGAGACCUCUGCAGAUAUGUCUGUGUAUUCUACCCCUCCUUCUGCUCGUCGGGGUGUCAACUCCGCUAUCGUCGUACCCAGCUCUUCUCCAAUGGCUGUCGACGACGAUCCGUUCGCUCCCCCAACCGGUGCGGAUGCUUCUUCGACUUCCAUUCCACCCCCACCGGGUCAUGGUGAUGAUAAUGCACGUGAGAAGCAGGACCCUCAUACCCCGAUAAUUGCGCCUGUGAAGAGCUCACCCGACUCAAAGCGCAAGGGUGGUGCCUUUCGCCAUACCAUUCAAGUCGAGUACGGUACCCCAGGAGAAGAACUACAGCCACAGAGGUCUCCCGUCGUGGACGGCGGCUCAGCAACUUCUCCACGUAGGUCUUCAUCUAUUCGAGACCGACCCACUGUUUCGGCGCGCAAACCGGUCCCUUCUAUGGAGCAGGUCAACCAGGCCAGCCCAAAACCUUUACCUGCUACCCCAGUCGGCUCUCAGAAAGAAAACGCUGUGCCCAAGAUUCAGGAGCAGUCCAAAGGGGAGCCGGCAGAGCCUGUUCUCUCCAUCGAGGUUACCAGCCCGCCAAUUCACCCCGCACGUCCCGCUGUUGAGCAACCGUCGCGAAAUGGAACGACGUCAUCGGGAUCGGGUGGGUCGACGAGGAGCCGCCACAAGCGAGGCAUCUCCAUGGACAAGAUCGGCAUCGCCAAGCUAUUCAGUCCGUCUUCGCCCGACGUCCAAAAGCCACAGACAAACGGGACUAUCUCUCGAACGUCAUCGACAUCUCAAAAGUCGUCGGCGGACCGAGCUCCGUCUCGGGACACUAUCACCGGAAAGAACGUCAACGACGUUCACCGGCGGCCGUCGACUCUGCAAGUGCCCGUUUCGCCAGCAACCCCAAGCGCUACCACGAGCGAUGCCGGUCUGCUUAGCCCCGACACGAUGUCUAGCACGAAGAAGAGCAGACGAAAUACGCUCACGGUUAUGGUAGAGCCGUUUCGUGCCUCUCUCAAGAGUCGCACCAAGAGUCGCAACGUCACUCCGGAGUUUGCUCAGGAGAAGACCCCAACAGAGAAGGAAAAACCGAUCGAGCCAGCCCCUCCUCGGACGCCUUCCGCGGUGCCGAAGAAGAACAUCGGUCCUUCUGCGACGCCGCAUUUCUCGUCAACAGCCGACGUUGGCUCCGUCCCCGCUUCUACGCUUAAGGCCAACAAGGUUAUGCAAUGGUUCCGCUCGAAGAGCAAGGGCCGCGCGGUCGUCGACUUGGCGGAAGAUGCAGAGAAGACCCCAGUGGACGCCCGACCUGAUAAUGGUUUGCCCGCCUCCUCUACGAGUACGGUCAGUCAGAACUCGCCCGAGAAGGGCCCUUCGCCGUCUUCCGCACACCCCGCGCGCGCCGCCUCCAAUGCCGAGCCGUUGCACGAACGCAGCUUCGCCAGCGCCCUAGGCAGUCGCUUCGGUGGUUCAUCUUCCGCGGUCGCGCGGGGUACGAUCCGCGUGCACCAGGGUGCCGUCGACCAGAGCACGAUUACUACUGCCCCACCGCCGGACGUUAUGAAGCAGGUCAAGAAGGUGCUCGAGGAGAUGGGCGUCGAGAUCCAGAUCGAGGGCGAGUACAAGUACCGCUGCAUCCGGCCCAAGCGCAAGAAGACCGCCUCUGGCACCAACGGGUUGCGCGAGGCUGGCGGCGGCCUUGCCGCGUUCACAAUCGUGGGCUCUGCAGCAUCCAACGGGUCGCAGUCUGCUGACAACUGUUUGAUGACCAAGGUCGACAAGCGCGGCCUCCCCGUACCCUCGUCGUCUCACUCCUCGAGCGGAGGUGGUAUGUUACGCGGCCUGCUCAUGCGGCGCCAGUCCUCGCAGGUUUCCGCCGUCGCCGAGCCCUCAAGCGCGCCUGAUGCGGCCCUGGCGGCUGUUGUCCCCGCUACGGAUGCCCCUGCACAACUCACCGGUGAGCCGAUCUAUGGCAGCCAACAGCAUGAUCAAGGCGAUGAAGUACGGUUCUCCGUCGAGCUCACUCGCAUUGACCGUCUGGAUGGUACCUACUCGCUGGACAUCCGUCGCUUGAAAGGAAACCUUCGAAGCUACAAGUUCUUGUACGACACGCUCCGACAGUAAGUGCUUGGCCGUUUUCUUCCUGCACAUGGCUGAUGGGUCUUCUCCAGACGUGCGGACCUACAGCGGUAAUCAAGAGUCUUGAAUAUUCCACUAAUGUAGGUUCCUUCGUCUGACCUGUAGUGUCGUAGCCCCUUCACUAUAUACCACCGUAAUCUCUGGGUUUUGGCGUCUUCUCUUUCUAUCGCUAUCAUUUUCUUAUUCUGACUCUCAUUGAAGUUGGUAUCCCAUGCAUCUCUCCAUUCUUCUUUCUGUCAACAUCAACAUUCGGCCCCGCCGCUCUACGCUACGUAUGUUAUUUACGGACACUAUUUCUCCUCUAGGCGGGGUCACUUUGGAGAGUUUCCGUCACACGGAGGCUGUUCUGAGGUCCUUGUGUUUAUCUCGUAUACAAUUCAUGUCCAUGACCGUCACAGUACUGCAUCUUUCUCUGCAUCGUCCUCUGGUAAUAACGUAUAUCUAGCCCUCUCCUACUAUUAUGUGACUGCACCUUGACAGACAAUUUAGAAUCGACUUGCGUCGUACCCCUCAGUGUGCGAAUGCC